AUGUCUCUCCGGCUUCCUCCAGCUCUGGGACACUCAUCCAGUACACCCCCGACUCUGCCACUAGCCCCACUGCAGAGCGCCCAUCUCCCCAUCCCUCUUUCCAGAAGGUCAAGGAGGAAGGUGAGGGUGUGGUGAAGAAGGCCAAGAGCCGCACAGCCUUCUCCCAGGAGCAGCUGCAAAUCCUGCACCAGCGGUUCCAGAGCCAGAAGUACCUCAGCCCCCAGCAGAUCCGGGAGCUGGCUGCUACCCUGGGGCUCACCUACAAGCAGGUGAAAACAUGGUUUCAGAAUCAACGGAUGAAAUUUAAACGUUGCCAGAAGGAGAGCCAGUGGGUGGAAAAAGGGGUGUAUCUACCACAGAAUGGGUUUCAUCAGGCUGCGUACCUGGAUAUAACCCCCACAUUUCACCAGGGCUUCCCCGUUGGUGCCAGCAGAAACCUUCAGCCUGUGACCAACGUGCACCAGGCUUACAGCAGCAGCCAGACUUAUGGGAAUGGGCAGAGCCUGUACUCGUUUGUGGCUGUGGAGGAUGAGGGGCUCUUUGGGAAAGGUGGGACAAGCUGCAAUACCCAGCAAGCCAUGGGUUUAUUAAGCCAGCAAAUGAACUUCUAUCACGGCUACCCUGCCGAUAUGGAUUAUGUCAGCCUGGAGUCAGAAGACACCUACGGCUUUCAGAGCACCUCUGACAGUGUCACACCGUUCUCGAGCUCUCCUGUACGGCAUCAGUAUCAGGCCCCUUGGCAUCCCCUGGGGACCCAGAGUGGUUAUGAGUCUUAG